AUGUGGAUGCAGGACAUCGCGCCGACAUUUACACUGAGCGACGAUGACGGCCAGCUCUACGGCGUCGACUUCAACUCUAAAGUCGGGGGAAUUAUAUGUUACAGAGAAGCGAGCAACCAGUUUGCCAAGCCUCUUCUCGCGCAUCUCGACAUUCCGCGAUCAUCCGCCUCCAUUACCACCGAGGGCGGCGCCAUCGAGGCCGACGGCCACGUCACGCUCAUCGCCAGCGAGAGCUUCAUCCUCAACGACAACCGCAACCCGGGCCAGACGCGCACGCAGAUCGAGGCCGAGCUCAGCCGCACCCUUGGUAUUCAAAAGGUGCUCUGGGUGCCGGGCGCGUCAAGGGCCUCGGCGUCACCGAUUUCCACAUUGAUGCCGUAG